UCCGCCGUGCUGUAACUGGUGAAGAGAAAGUUUGUGGUGAGACAGUAAGCAGCGCGGCUCGCUGAGAACGACUUCCUUCCUCCGCCGGGACACUAACAUGGAGUUGGGGGGUUAUAAAGGCGAGCUAAACACUGACUCAUACAAACAAGCGUGUAAGCUGCUGGAACGUACAAGAACUUAAACGGACACAACCGAGGUUCAAAUAUGAAGGAUGCUACGGGACUGUUUGUCGUCGUGUUGACUGUUCUGAUGGGGAGAGUCGGUGGGAUACAGCCGAAUAACGGGUACUGCAUUGGGAACCAAUGUUUCACGGUGUUUGAAGAUCCCAGCGAUUUCACAACCGCUCAGCAUCAGUGCAGAGAGAAAAAUGGCCACUUAAUGACAGUGCGCUCGUCUGUAUCCAAUGAUAUUCUUCCUCUCUUGUUGGGGAACCUUACGGGACGCUACUGGAUCGGUUUGCAUCGACCGACCGGCUGUCCAAAAAAUGGUGCUGCGCUGAGAGGCUAUAAGUGGGUGACCAAUGACAGUGAAAGUGACUUCUUCAAUUGGGAGAAUUUUAACAGCAGCUGCUCUUCUCCACGCUGCGUCUCAGUUUCCGAAGAGGACGGUUUCAAAUGGACCCAAGUACCCUGCGGCGAACAAACGAACGGGUUUCUCUGUGAGCACAGCUUGACUAAUCCGUGCAAAAGUCUAGUGCUUGCACCGGGCGAGUCUGUGACCUACAGGACUCCCAUGGGGUUUGAGGGUGAGGAUUUGCUGUCUCUGCCCCAAGGAAGCACCGCUAUAAAGAUGCCAUCCGAGACCAAAUACGUGUGCUUCUCCGAACAGUGGCUCAAGGCGCCAUGGACCUGCGAGAUCCUAGAAGGUGGCUGUGAACACAAAUGCGCAUUGGACUCCAACAACGAUCCCACCUGUUACUGCGAGCAGGGACUAACUGUCAACCCUGCGAAUAAAGUCACCUGCGAGGUUGCGACAGACGACCCGUGCCUGCAACUGAACUGCCAGCAUGUAUGCUACCAGAUCGGUGGCUCCCACUCGUGCACGUGUAACGAAGGCUAUAAGCUGGCGCCGGACGGCAAGUCGUGCGUGGACUUCAACGACUGCAAGGACGAGCGUCAGUGUCCUGGGGAGAACUUCAAGUGCAUCAACACCCUUGGCGGGUUUCAGUGCGUCUGCGAGGAUGGAUUCAAGCCGCGCGGUGGACUGUGCGUCGACGUGAACGAGUGCGAAUCCGCUCCGUGCGAGCACGAGUGCCACAACUGGCCUGGUACUUACAACUGCUCUUGUAGUGAAGGAUAUAAAGUGGAUCCAGAGUCACCUGAUAAGUGUAAACUCCACUGCCCUGAUGUGGAAUGCCCCGCGGUAUGCGACCAUAAUAAUAAGUACCAAUGCUACUGCCCUGACGGCUACAUAUCAGAGGAAAGAGCUGACCAUACGUUUUGCAUAGACAUAGAUGAAUGCUCCUCUUAUCAGUGUGAACAAGGCUGUGAAAACACAUUUGGCAGCUUCGUGUGCUCUUGCAAACCAGGAUACACUCUAGUUGACCAGGUAAACUGCAAAGAAGUCGAGGAUUAUGAAUUCAGCUCCACAGCUCCAGGUACCUUCGCACCAACACCAUUUGUGCCAAAUCCAGAGCCAACACGUCGACCCUCUGGCGUGACAGUGGGGGGUCUCGUUGGGAUAAUAGUGUGCACUGUCUUUUUUAUUGUACUGGUGGUCUUUCUGGCUCAUCACUUCCUCCGCAGUAGAGGAAAGAUGGAGAGCGCCGGUGCGCUCAAAGCUUCGGAGGGUGAGGCUCACGGUUUACAUCAUGUGACGAGUGACAUGAGUUAAAAUGAAUAAAUAAAUAAAUAAAUAAAUAAAUAAAAGCCUCCAAGAGACAUUUAAAGCACGACAUGUGAAUGUACAGGUCAAGCCUCGAAAACACAACUACAGUGACAGUUUUGUAAAGGUUUUGAAGGAUGCAGAUUUCACAACAAGGAUGAAUUCGACGGGAAUGUGAUGAUGGCGUAUUAGAUAAGGUCACUAUAAACUCACAAGAUAACAGAAAUAGUAUACACAUACUUGCUUUGGAAAUGAAGACUGAAGAAUGAAGUUUUAUCUGCCAUUCAAUUCACAUACAACAAAUGCAAUGUAACACAAAAAUGACAAAGAACUUUGUUUUCUCAAAAGUUUGUGCUGUAAAAGUAAUAAAUUGUAAAAA